AUGACCGUCGCACCAUCUCGCCGUUUCUGCUGCUGCAUCCCCGUCCGCCUGGGUGUCUUUGUCCUCAGCUUUGUGUCGCUCAUUGCCUCUGGCCUCGUCGCCGGUGUCGUUUGGGUCGCACUCGCAAAGGGUCCUGCCAACCACGUCCACUUUGCUGAAAACCUCAAGAUUGGUCUCAUCAUCGCUGGUGUACUCUACACCCUCUUUGCGCUCAUCUCGCUUGCCGGACUCGUCGGUGCUCUCAUCCGCUCCCGUGCGCUCGUCAAGACGUUUGCCAUCUUCCUCUGGUUCCAGCUGUUUGCGAGCAUGGCCUAUUCAAUCGCCUUUGCCAUUGCCCUCUUCGACAAGCCGCUCCAGAACCACCUCGUCAACGAGUGCAUCAAGCAGACCAAUGCGACUACGCACGCCCUCCUCGAUGAGCACGACCACAAGACUGAGACGAAUGAGGACGAAGUUCGAGACGGAUGCAAGAGCAUCUUCAACGCCUCGAAGCCGCUCUUCUUCGUCAGCUUUACGCUCUUCUUCAUCGUCACACUCUACUGUUGCAUCAUCGUCCGCCGCUACGGCCGCCAAUUGACCGAGGAGCAAAUCUACCUCGCCACCGCAAACGCCGACUCGACGACCCAAGCUGCUUUCCAGCCAUCUUAUUACCCACACACACCCCUCAGCCGCGUCGAGCCCGGAUACGGCGCCGCGGGUGCUUCGUCCAAUCCUUACCCAUUCGCUCAGCGUGAGCAUGGAUUCGGUUCGAACCGCAACCGCGAUACCGAGGCUAACAAGUAA